CACGGUUCAAGUUGACAAUAAUGAUACAGUAUCUGGAAAGAUCACACACACCAUUGAAAAAAGAUUUAGCCCAUAUUUUCACCAAAUAAUAGGUCACAAAAUGGAUAUUGAACUAUUAUCACUCAGAUAGAGUUAGAGUUACUCCUGUGAGCCAGAGGGAAAGGUCUCUUUAACAGGGGAACGACAUAAAUAAUGAAUAAAUAAAGCUUAUGAAUAAUGUAUAUUGAAUUUACCCACUCUUUAAUAUCUCGGUGCAUUUUAGGAUGAUAUAGAGAGUUUAAUUUACUAAUUAACUUGAGAAAAACUUAUUCAAAAUCAAAAUAAAACUAUGGGUGGCUCAGUGAGUGUUGAAGAGCGUGAGAAGGAGAAUCAUGCCAAAGACAUUUUAACUGCUUUGAAUGCACAGAGACAAGAAGAGGCAUAUUGCGAUUUUGUCAUAAAAGUUGGCGAAGAAGAAUUUAAAGCUCAUCAAAGCAUUCUUUCUGCUUCAUCUCGAUUUUUCGAGGCGAUGUUGUCUUCGGAUAUGAAAGUAAAAGAAGACGGAUUUGUGGAAAUUUACUGCCUUGAUGCCAAAGCUUUCAAACAUUGCAUUGAUUUCAUUUACACUGGAAAAGUUGUUUUUAACUUAAAUGAAACAAAUGAUCCGAAACAGAUGAUAGAUGCUUCAGAAAAGCUUGAACUAACCGGCCUUACAGACGUAUAUUUCAAGUACUGGAAGGAUAAGUUGACAGUACAGCAGAGUUUAUUGUACAAAGAAUUGGCCCAGAAAUACUCCAGGAAAGAGGAUGAAGAAUAUCUUGAAAACUUUAUCAUCAAAAACUUUUCUGAAAUAAUGCAACUUGAAGAUUUCAAGAACAUCGAUAAACAGCAAAUGAUCGACUACAUACGAAAACUUUCCGAUGAAAAGCUGAAGUGGGAGGCAACAACAAAAUGGAUAGAUGGAGAUAUUGAAAAUCGCAAAAAAAUACUGGUCGAGCUCUUAGACCUAAUCAACCUUAAAAAACUUCCUAAAGGCUUCAUCGUUGACAAAAUUCUCCAAGAACCAAUGAUUCAGGAAUCACAUGAAUGUAAAGAUAAACUCAUUAUGUCGCUAUCUAGAUGAAGACUUUGACUAAUACAUUUUAUUGGAUCACAUCAUGCUUGAAUGUAUAUAUAAAAUUUAAUUAUUCAUCCCAUCAUUAUGUAAAAUGAACCAUAUAUCAUUAAAUAUUAAUUUUUUUAGUAGAAAUAAUAAUGCAAUUGAAAAAUUUCUUAAUUAAACAACAUUCAAGGCUGACAUUGACAAUAACACAGGCGCAUUGCCUGCAGAGUGGAAGCAUGAGCAUAAUUAUUGAAUUUAAAAUAAUGAGAGUUUUUUGGCCUGCCGAAAACACUUGGAAUAAUUAUGUCGAGCCAAUGUCGACAAGUGUGGAGUAUCAAAGCUCAACCAGCACCACAAACAUGUGUACUCAAUAUUAAAAUAUUAUCCAGAAAUCGGCUUCUAAUAGGUCCUUGCAAUAUCUAACUAGUGCCUUUCAUACAUCUGUGUCUGUCAUUGGCAAAAUAUUAUCACAAACGACUGGCGCAUUAGCUAUAGAAUCGCAACAUCAGGCAAUGUUGAAUGCUACCUUACAAAAUUGAAUUUGUUGUAGCCUGUCAAUGAGCCCAGAGUAAAAGUCCAGAGGCGCAGUAGCGAGCAUAUUUUAAUCGCUUAGCACGAUGUGCAACUUGCCAAACCCGAAAUUCAAAUCCAUGAUACUGAAUUAUCACAGAUUGAUAUCAAGUUUCCAAAUGUCCUAAAGAUGGAUCUGAAAAUAUCUGUGUUAUUUCCUUUGUGGCUCAUAAUUAUUCAUAUAUGAAUAUAGACAGACCUUCAGUCUGGUGAAUUUCAACAUACUCUUCGGUGUCUUCACAGAUAAGUACUUGCGUAGAUCUGUUUAUACAACGCUUUAUACAACUUUUACUCUGAACAAAGCUCCGUAAGAGCAUCCAUUACCAGGUAAAAAGCUACUAUAUUUUGGCAGGACUGGGGUUUUAAAUAAUUCUGUUUAAAAUUCACCUUUCUUCGAAUUUAUACCUGCAUGGGCGGAUCAACCAGCGAUCUGGAUAUUUUACACACCCCUGGCACAAAUCCAUCAACAAAUUAGCCACAAGACAUUUAGAUAUAAAAUUGAAAUACAGCACAAUGAAAAACAAAGCUAUGUAUGUUGUGUCAUGUGUGUAAUCCCAAAUCAUCAAUAUAGCACAACAAAUGACGAUAUAACCUAAUAAAGACAAACACUGUUAUAACGAUAAUUCCUGAAGCCGUUUGCCAAACCUCCUCAGAGGUUAUUUUUCAAAAUAUAUAAACAUUUGCUCAAAAAUAGCCAAAAAAUAAUAUAUUUGCAAAAUUUCAUGAUUCCAGUUUACACACUGUACUUUUAAAGCUGCCUCUUCUUUCUGAAUAGCCACCACAGAAUUACUAUAAGAAAGCUUCCUGAUUCGCUCCUCUGAGUUCUAAUCCUGUCACUAAUCAAAUUAAUUUGAAAAUUGAUAGUUAUUUAAACCAGGGGUGUGCAACCUGCGGCCCGCGUGCCACAAGGAAAUAUUGUGCGGCCCGCAGAGAACUGCCAAUUCUGAAUGGUUUGCGGCCCCCAAGAUGAACUUUUAAUUUACGGUAGUUUAAUCUGGUUCGCGCAAGUGUUUAAUCCCUUUGCGCUGCAAAGCCUAUACCCGAGUUCAAUUUAUUAUCUAUGUCGUUGCAAUGCCUUUUUUGUGCCUGCAACUACCAG